AGCAGCAGCAGAAGAAGAAGACCUCCGUUGCUAUGCGACGAACGCUACAGCACAAACGUUCGGAGCGAAGCAUAAAUUGACUUAAAUUUAAGCGAACAACCUUUUCAUUCAUUAUUACAGCCAUGGUUGUUCCAGAGACAUUCUAUUGUGCCCAGCAAAUCAACAUCCCUCCUGAGCUGCCAGACAUCCUCAAAAACUUCACCAAGGCAGCCAUCCGAACACAGCCCAAGGAUGUGCUGCUGUGGUCUGCGGCAUACUUCAAUGCGCUGUCUAAAGGAGAGUGUCUACCUGUCAAGGACAGGCUGGAGAUGAAUGUUGCCACCCAGAAGACAGACACUGGGCUGACUCCAGGUCUGCUGAAGACUCUCCACAAACAGCUGGCCCCCAAGAAAAUUUGCAGCAAGGAGGAACUUGCGGAGAAAUGGAAGGGUCUGUGUCUACCCAUGGAUCAGCUGAAGACCCUGCUGUCAUUGGGCAGCUUUGGCUCAGAUAUCGACUGGAUGGAGUUUUUUGCCCUGGGCUGCAGUGCUCUAGCAGGGACCUUGAUGGGUACUCUGAAAUCUGCCUGUGAGAUUCUGACGGAGGACGAGGAAGGCAGUGCUGCGAGGAUCCCGUUCGAUACCUUUACCAAAUUGUACACUUACCUGGCUCAGGUGGAGGGGGACAUGUCACAGGACCACAUUGACAGCUUCCUCCGCAGUCUACAGCCACAAGUCGACAAGCAGAACGGCAUGAUUCAGGUUUCCAACUUCUACAUCAGCAGGAAGUAAUGGAAGGAGAGACAGAAAGCAAUGAAAGAAGGAAGGAAGGAAGGAAGAUGUAGAAGUAACAAAAUGAUAGUGUUCAAUUAAUAAAUGUGCCCAGUAAUGCUCCUUCAAGCACAGCUGUUGUUUCAUAACUAUAAAAUUGGUCCCAGUAAUUGUUAGCAUCAGGCACAGUGGCCUAUUAUUUGUCAUUGUCCAGCUGAACGGAGCUGCUAUUUCGAGUCUGGUUGGAAUCUUUUAAUGAGCAGCAGGAGAAGCACAAAGCUGCCUCAUACAAACUGUCAGGUAGGGUGUGUGAAUGCUUUUUUAUUUCCCAUUCUCUUAUGUCUGGGCAAGCCAAAGUUCAUUUAUCAUGCACACCACCUAUCAGCUUGCAGCCUCACCACAUUUGGCCUCUCUGCUGGUGUAUUCAUUUUUCCCAGCAGAUGAAAAAGAGGAGCUGUAAGGAGAUAAGCACCGAGGGCACAAGAGCGUGAUUUUCUGCUUGCCAUAGAGACUUCUGUUUUGUUCAGCCCCCCCGUGCAAUAAUGUAAAUGGGCAAGUGCAAAUGCACACAGAGACAGGUUUAUUACUCUAGUCAGAAAGCUAAAAAAAAAUCACAUACGGCGCCAUACACACGCACACACACACAUUCAUGUUUAAAUCUCACAUGCAGAGUUGCUCUGAACUUCAGCACAGACAUAUAUAUAUUCAGACAUGUUAUUAAGACACCAUUUCAUGUGUCAGUGUGAAGGAAAAAGCUGUUCACACAAGCAUAAUAUGAGCAUCUUCUGUUUUUUAACUAUGUUUUUUCUCUCUCUCUGUCUUACACACACAAACACGCACACACGCACAAAUCUGUUGUGUCAUUUUGAUAGUUUUUCAUCAGGCUCGACAGGAAACAGGAUCAGUGGGAAUUCACAUCGCAGGCACAGUUGGCAGUAGGUUUUAAAGGGUGGAGGAUACACACACACACGCACACACGCGCACACGCGCACACACGCACACACGCACACACGCACACACACAUACAAACAUACUAAAGCUUACCCCUUGCAGGAUUGCAGCUGUGGCCAAGUCAAAGGGGAUUGGAGGACAGAUAGAAUCUCUGAUAACCUGAUAACUGCAGGCUCUCCACCCGUAUGACCCAGCAGAGAAGGAAUUUUGUCAGAGCUUAUAAAUCAGUGAUCUUUCUAUCGAACUUACACUAGAACUGAGUCAAAGUGUAUGUCAAAAAUAGCCCACCUUUUGUUACAAUCUGCUUUUCUUUUUGGAAAAUUCUGAUUGUGAUGAACAUACUCUUUUCAGGACAAUGCUAAAACAGAGAUGAGUUGUGCUUUAUAUAAUUUACUAAUUGCAUUAUUAGUUUUUAUCAAAUAAAACAUCAUUCUGAGAUUGUGUUCACAAAACUGUAACUGUAACAGUGUGUGCAUUCAUCCCAACUGUAAGCAAGUUGUAAGAGUCUUCAGCUGGCAACCUUGUACUCGGGUAAGAAGUGUUUCGAUAAUUAAAUUUAAAAAAAGUACCAAUCCAGCAGUGUAAAAGUACUGCAUUAGAAAUAAAAUCCCAUUAAAGUGAAAUUAUGUAAGUAUUAACAGCAUAGUAUAAUAAAAGUAUUACUAGUUUGGUCCCUCUGACUGCUAUAUUAUUAUAUAUGUCAAGAUAUUAUUAUUUAUGGUCUAGCAUCUUUGUGUUAGCAGCAUGCUACUAUUGCAACUGCUGCUGGUGGAACGAGUUUUAACAACCGUAUAUCCAGUUUCAUUAACAGGGACAGACAAAUCUGAGGGUUCAUCAGAUGAUUAAUGGGAGAGGAAAAAAGAAAAAACAAACUUCUGCUAGACCAGCCUGUUUUCAAUUUUGGGACUUUUUCUCUAAUCUUUUGUUUUUUAAUCAGAUCUUGGAUCAUUUGAACAUUUAUUAAAAUGAAACUUAGAGAGACGCUAAGCGGGAAAAAUCAGUAUUUGGUAGAGCGGCUUACAAUUCAGACAACUGAAAUGUGACCAAACUACACACUGCUUUUUGUGAGAUGUCAAAAGCCAGACAUUUGGUUGGAAUUCACUGGUUUAAUUUUUAACAAUGUGUUGCGUUUUAAAAGCUUAUUAUGUUAUCCAGUGUGUUAAAUCUUCAUCGUCAGAUAAAUGUAGUGGAGUAGAAAAUAAAAUAGAAAUGUAACAGAGUGGAAAUAAAGUAGCAUAAAUUAGAAAUACUCAUGUAAAGUACAAGUAUCUCAAAACUGUAGCUAAGUACAGUAACUGGGGAAUUUUAUUGUGUUGAUGCUUUUAAUCACAUUUUUGUUGCUGACUGAGACGGAGACAGUGGGCAGUUUUCUUGAACUGUGCCUACAGUGUGUAUUAAAAUGCUAGAAUUUCAGAAAAAUAAACUGGAGGUUCUCACUCCUUUUGACUUCUGCACAGCUUCCUUCAAGCAUAGAUUUAAAAAUCCCAUCUCAAAGUAGCAAAAUACUAAAAGCAACACUCUGUUGACUCAGAAAGAAAUACUAGGUUUCUGUUAUCUAAAACUAAAACCACUGAAGCAAUGGAAAGUGUGAAUGCUUUGAGACACAACUUGCACUUGUGCUAUCGAGAAAUGACUGUUAUGUCAGGUCACAUCGCUCCUGGUUGACUAUUCUAGGAAAGAAAAUUGUACUUUGUAUUCAUGUUUCACUUAGAAUGGACCUUGUGGUCAAAACCGGGAGAUGUGUUCCUGUGUUUCCUGAAGUAACAGCUGCUUCCUAGUGAAACUUUCCACUCUUUGCAUGUUCUUCACUGAGUAUUUUUAGGCACGUCCUUCAAUUUCUAUGCAACAGCUUAUUUUUAGUUGCAUCUUUUAAGUACAGCGGUUACACCUACGGCUCCAAUGCCGUUUGCCCCAUUGUUUCAGGAUUUUGGAACAUCGAGAAAACAUGACAUCAUUGCAAAGAUGUCAGUACUUUAGGAAUCUCAGCUCCAGGGUGGACCUUGUUGUACAGGCUCUACUGUUUCUUCACGCUUUGCUCAUAACAUCACAUCUCCAGGGACACGACGAAUGUUGCAGAACAGUGAGAAAGAGACAGGAGAAGAGAGAGCAUGCACAAAGGCUCCCUUUUGUGCAUGCCUCUGUGUAACUGUUGUGUAACAGAUUUCAGGGUAAGAAAAAGGGAAAAUAUGAUUCAUGGUGUAUUCUAGAGUUGUAGAACAUGGAUAUUUUAUCAUUCUGUGUGCUGUAUUCCUGUUCUCAGUAGAGCUGUCCUCUACUUUGUUCAGAGCAUUGCUGGGUUUUAAAGAUUUAUCAGUAGGUUUUAGUCAGUCUAGAAAUUGUUAUCGGGCUGUUUUAGUGACAGUCUACAUUGGAAAAAAUAUCCAUCAACAUACCAUGAUUAUGUAAGUCAUGAUGAUAACUGGGACAUGUGCAUCAGCUGUUUAGUCUUAUGUGUGUGACUGAAAUGUAUGUCAUGGACGCCUAACAUAUUUACCAUACACAUG